CUUUCAUUCGCAUGGGACUAGUAUCUCCCUCCUUACUCCGUCAUUGCAUCUCCACGCACGCAGUAAAAAGAGACGGCCACUUUACCAAUUGUAGCUUUAAUCAGAAUGGCUCUGCUCAAGCGUCUGUUGUCGCUCAAGAACGAGUUUAUUCUCUAUGCGACUCCGUUCCUUCUGCUGCCUUUGCCGCUCGUCAUCGGCACUUCGGAAGCAGCAUGUGGCUAUGUGAUCGUCCUCAUGGCGGUGUACUGGUGUACUGAGGUUCUCCCACUGGCGGUGACGGCCCUGCUUCCAGCGCUCCUCUUCCCGCUCUUUGGAGUCAUGGAGUCCAAGAAUGUGUGCAUGCAGUACCUGAAGGACACCAACAUGUUGUUUGUGGGGGGUCUGAUGGUGGCCGUGGCCGUGGAGCACUGGAACCUGCAUAAGCGAAUCGCCCUGAGGGUGCUCCUGCUGGUUGGUGUACGACCAGCGCUGCUGAUGCUGGGCUUCAUGGGCGUGACGGCCUUCUUGUCCAUGUGGAUCAGCAACACGGCCACCACAGCCAUGAUGGUGCCCAUCGUUCAAGCCGUCCUGGAGGAGCUCAGUAACAGCGAGGCGCAGAUGCCUACCAUCCUGAGCUCAGAGGAGGUUCAGACGUCAGAAGUGAACGGCAACCAGGAGAAACAGACAGAUGUCACAGGUCCUGUGGUGGUGACUUUCUUGGACACCUCCGUUGAGGCGACUCGACAAAAGGAGGCAGCGGAAAGACGGAAGAUGUGCAAAGGGAUGACCCUUUGCGUCUGCUACGCCGCCAGCAUCGGUGGCACCGCCACGUUGACGGGGACUGGUCCUAACUUGGUGCUCAACGGACAAAUGAGCCAACUAUUUCCUGAAAAUGGUGACGUGAUCAAUUUCGCCUCCUGGUUCGGAUUCGCCUUCCCCAACAUGAUGCUCAUGCUGGUGAUGGCGUGGUUGUGGCUACAGUUUGUCUUCAUCGGAUUCAACUUCAAGAAGACGUGGGGCUGUGGCUCUGAAAAGACGGAGAAGGAAGUGGCCGCCUACCAAGUGAUCCAGGGGCAGCAUCGUCGUCUGGGGCCCAUGUCCUUUGGCGAGUGCAGCGUCCUGGGUCUCUUCGUUCUGCUAGUGAUCCUGUGGUUCUCCAGGGACCCUGGCUUUAUGCACGGCUGGGCCACUAACAUCUUCAACUCCAAAGCAGAGUACGUCACAGAUGCCACUGUGGCUAUCUUCAUUGCCAUCCUCCUCUUUGUCCUGCCAUCAAGACCCCCACGUUUCUGCUCAUGGAAGACAAACAAUUUCGACAUAGCAUCCGAUCAGACGUCCAGCUCCUCUUCACGUCUGCUCAGCUGGAAGGUGACCCAGAAGAAGUUACCAUGGGGAAUUGUGCUGCUCCUUGGAGGAGGCUUUGCACUGGCCAAAGGGAGUGAGGUAUCGGGACUUUCCAGGUGGUUGGGAGAUCAAAUGAGUCCCUUGAAAGGCAUCCCACCAUGGGCAAUCGCCAUUAUCUUGUGCCUCCUGAUUGCAACUUUCACAGAGUGCGCCAGCAAUGUGGCCACUGCGACACUCUUCCUGCCCAUCUUAGCAUCAUUGUCGCAGUCCAUUGGAAUCAACCCAUUGUACGUCAUGGUGCCUUGUACCCUGAGCGCCUCCUUUGCCUUCAUGUUGCCUGUGGCCACGCCACCCAACGCCAUCGUAUUUUCCUAUGGAUAUCUCAAGGUUUCGGACAUGGCUAGGACUGGAAUAGUCAUGAACAUUAUCGGCAUAUUGUGCAUCACGCUGUCCAUCAAUACCUGGGGUCGGGCAAUGUUUCACCUGGACUCCUUUCCUCCAUGGGCCAAUGUGACUGGGCCCUGAUAGUGCCCAGCUUCCCCGCCUCAUCAGUGUCCUGCUCUCUGGUCUGAGCCACAUUAUGGUCUGACAUGGUCUGCGCUGCUGACACGCAAGUCUCACGCCAUGUUUAUUUUCAAGUCCACACUCGAGCCUAGUGGAUGACGAAUCAGAAGUAGAGGGAAACACCUUCAUUUCUAUUAAUAUGAUCACAAAUCAGAUCUUCUUUAUCCAUAAAACAAUGAAAAACAAAUGUUAACACAUUAUGUGACUAAAAGGUGAAUUAUUUUGAAAAGGCAUUUAAAACAAACAUCAACCAGAUGUUAGAAAUGCAGUUGCUUAACCAUUUCAGUUAUAACAAUCCACUAAUAUCACAUUUACAUAUUGUUUACAUGACGUGUUUUCUACUACAAGAUGGACAUUUUUAAUUCAUGGCUUGGCUGCUAAAAGAAGAAAAUGCGAUAUCCAACCGAGAUGUCAAAUUCAGGCCCAGGAAGUAGAAACACUGCAACAAUUUGAUGCAUGGAUCAUUUUGCACAAAAGCAAAUAAACAAUAACUUUUACACUUGAUCUGUGAGGGGCUUCCUCUCAGCACUAUUUGAGCUUUGCAGUAUCUUGUGAAUAACAGCAAGACUUGUGCCCAACAUUCCAAUUUUGUUUACUAUUCAAACUAGUGCUGUACUUGUGACAUUUUGCAAUUAUGAUUAUGCAACAAUGAGUUUUAUCUGAACUGCUGUAUUUUUCUACAGUUGUAUAUAUUUUUUUCUCAAGAUAUGUUUUUGGAUAUGAAAUUUACCAAAAUAAUUGUCUUUUGUUUCUUAACCUAAUAAAUGGUACUCCAAUGAGGAA